UUCCUAAAAAGAAAGUUGCUAUCUCUUUGCAGUUUCAGUUCCACCUCUUUACUCUCUCUUUGUUCUAUUAGAUAAAUUAUAUUCUCCGUCUUAAAAAAAGGUGAAAGCAAGCAGCGAAUUAUCGAGAAGGGAGGAGAACGAGAAUGGCGGACCAACCCAACCAGAUCCUUAAGUUCAAGGAUGCCUUCAACUUGGUAGAUAAGGAUGGCGACGGUUGCAUCACUGCCAAGGAUAUUGGGUUUGUGAUGAGGUCGCUUGGCAUGAACCCAAUUGAAGCAAAACUCCAGGACAUUAUCAAUGACGUCGAUGCCGACGGCGACGGCACCAUCGACUUCAAUGAGUUCCAAUACCUCAUGGCCAAGAAGAUGAAAGACACAGAUUCGAAGGAGACACUUAACGUGGCAUUCCAGGUCUUUGACAAGGAUCAGAAUGGGUUCAUCUCUGCGGCUGAGCUGCGCGAUGUGAUGACCAAUUUCGGGGAGAAGCUCACUGAUGAAGAAGUGGAUGAGAUGAUCAGGGAGGCUGACGUUGAUGGUGAUGGCCAGAUAAGCUAUGAGGAGUUUGUCAAGGUGAUGAUGGCUAAGUGAUCAUUAUGCCUCCAUAAAAAACCCGAAUGAAAAUAAU